AUGGCGCUCGGCGGGGUCGGUCGCGGCGGCGCGGCGCGGGCCGCUUGGCCGCGGUUGCUGCUGGCGGCGUUGGCGGCGGCGCUGGCGCUGGCGGGGCCGGCGCUGCCCGAGGUGCUGUUCCGCUGCCCGCCCUGCACGGCGGAACGCCUGGCCGCUUGCUCCCCGGCCGCCCGGCCGCCCUGCCCCGAGCUGGUGCGGGAACCGGGUUGCGGCUGCUGUCCGGUGUGCGCCCGCCUGGAGGCCGAAGCGUGCGGCGUGUACACCCCGCGCUGCGCCGCCGGUUUGCGCUGCUACCCCGACCCCGGAGCCGAGCUGCCCCUGCAAGCCCUGGUGCAGGGACAGGGCACCUGCGCCCGCCGCCGCGACACGGCCGAGUACGGAGCCAGCGCCGAGCGCCCCGCAGACAACGGCGAUGACCGGUCCGAGAGCAUCCUUGCCGAGAACCACGUGGACAGCACUGGGGGGAUGUUGAGUGGAGCCAGCAGCAGGAAGCCCAUGAAAACAGGCAUGAAGGAGCUUGCGGUGAUGAGGGAGAAGGUGAACGAGCAGCAGCGGCAGAUGGGCAAAGUGGGCAAGGCCCAUCACAACCAUGAAGACUCAAAGAAGUCACGGAUGCCAACGGGCAGGACCCCUUGUCAGCAGGAGCUGGAUCAGGUCCUGGAGCGCAUCUCCACCAUGCGGCUGCCGGAUGAGCGAGGUCCCUUGGAGCACCUCUACUCCCUCCACAUCCCCAACUGUGACAAGCAUGGCUUGUACAAUCUCAAGCAGUGCAAGAUGUCGGUGAAUGGGCAGCGUGGCGAGUGCUGGUGCGUGGACCCCAUCCAUGGGAAGGUGAUCCAGGGUGCACCCACCAUCCGUGGGGAUCCCGAAUGCCACCUCUUCUACACAGCCCAUGAGCAGGAGGACCGGGGAGCACACGCCCUGCGGAGCCAGUAGAUGGAUGUGAUCCUGCUUGCUGUGGCCCCGGUGCUGGAUUUUUACAUGGGUUUCAGCAUGUCUCUUUUAGGCACUGGAAGAGACUGGGGUUGGGUCCUGUGUGCUGCCCUCCUGCUGCCCCAGUUCCUGGGGAGGGAAGAGAUGACAGGAGGGGAAGGGAGGGGGGGGGGAGGUUGCAAGGAGAAGGGACUGCUUUCCUAUAGUCUUUUGCCCAAUGUCAGCCAGAGAACCAGUCUUUUUUUGCUCCUCGCCCCGUGGCCCUGCCCUCUCUGCUGCUUUGUGGCAUCUUCCUGCAGGCAAAACACCUUACCAUGGGUGGGAGGGGGAAAGAAAAAAAAAAAUCAAAGUCCCAUUUUCCCCUUCUUCCCUCCCUUCCCCGAGACCAAAGACUGUAAAUACUGCCUCUCGCAUCCUGCCUGUCCCCUGUGCAUUGGUCCUGGCGUGGGAUGCGGUGCGGGAGGGAGGGAAGGAGGGAAGUCCCCACUUCCCAGUUGGAGCAUGGCAGCACGAUGGGGCUGUGUCCCUUGAAGGGGGCAUCGCCAGGGGAUAGGGACAAGGUAGCCCCCCCGAAGAACCACUGGGUGCAGCCAGCCCUGCUGCUCUGGGAGGAUGGGGCCUUUGGGUGACUGUGGAGCUGAAUGCUUGGUUUUCUAAGGGGUUUGGAGGGCUGCUGCCCAGUAUUUCUUAGGAUUGGCUUAAGCUGAGGGAGCUAAAGUGAACUUGCCGGGGCUGGGUGGAAGGAUGCCUGUGUAGAUUUAGGAUAAUAAGCCAGGGAGUGUCUCUCUCUCUCUCUCUUUCUUUCUUUCUUUCUAGAUAGGAAAAACCCAUCUAAAACCUGCACUCCCAGCAGCUGCUCUUGUCCCUCCAUUUUUGCUUGGGACAGGAGCGAGCAUCUGCUUUUCAGCGCACACUUUUUUAUUGUAAGUACAGUAUAUAUCAUGCUUUGUAAAGGCCCAGACACACACGCACCCCUCUGCCCACGUGCAUGUUUGUAUAGGUUAAAUCCAAGCAAUUGCAGGCGCUCUGAGAUGUUUUGCACUGGACAUGCCGCUCUGAGGACCGAUGUGUCUCUGCCAUUACUUCACCUGUUGAUUUCUUUCUGUACAGAACACACAGACGCUGAGAAUAAAUAACUUCCCUGUCGCCGAAGCAAGGAGACUUUUUCUUCCUUCCCCCCAUUUUUAAUAUGGAUACCAUUUGCAAAACAAUUGCAAACAUCCUUGUCCUUAUUACAGUGAAGGGAGAGAUGUGGAGCUUUUUGUGGGACCAUGGGCUGGGACGGGCCCACAGAGGAGGGGUUGAGGGGUGCUGCCACCAUGCUCUCCUUGGGGCUGUAGGACAAACACCACAGCAGGGUUCUCCUGCUGAUAUCCCUCACCUGGGGGUUUGGGGCUGGGGAAGGAAAAGCAAAGAGUGGGAGUGCUGGGGUUUGUUGCUAUUUUUUUUCCCCCACCUUUCCUGGUCCCAAGUUUCCCAAGCAUGGACAUUCUGUGCAGAUUGAAUCCCUCAUGUCCUUGCAGGAGUUUGGAAGUGUCACUGCAGGAGAAAAGGAAAAUGCUUUUGGGGCUGUGGUGGGAAAGUGAUAGAGAGGUGUGUGUGAGGGGGAGUGAGAAUGUAUCAGGGAGGAAGAGAAUGCACCUGAAUGCAAAACUGAGUAACUGUAAGAAUUAUGCUACCUGUCUUCUGUUAACAGCCCAGGGUGUUCAGCUUUUCCAUGUAAACCAUGCACACUCUGGCUGUCAGCUGCAGUUUGUACUUUUUGUUUUGUUUAGGAACCAGGAAGUUUUCUUUUUGUGUUUUUCUCUUUGGGAGAAGCUGAGCUGCAUAAUGUUGUAAUAAAUUAAAUGGGAUGCCAGAAAACUGUCACCUUCCCUUCCCCAACCUCCUCUAUUAAAUAGAGCGUGUUUUCUUGCCUGAUGCAUCACACACAAACUUGGGCUUUUGCCCUGGGGGUGUCAUAAAUGCUGAGCCCAAUGAACAGCACUGGGAGUUUAGUUUUUACCCUUACUGGUCCCAGUUAUGUGAGCAGGGAAGUGCUGGCGUCACCCCAUCCCCUCUCUGGUCCUGCUGUGCGGGUGUUUCUGCAGUUCCGCACAAUACAGCCAUGCCUUUGAGUCCUCUCAAGUCAGCAUCUGGCCCGCGCAUGUGUGGAGGCCAUUUUGCUGCCUGAUGGCAGCCAGGUUUGGAAGAAAAAGGUGGUUUUUGGCACACUUUGCUUGCUGGGACAGGGGCAGUAGGAGCACCCUGUUCAACCUCAGAGCUCCAUAAGGUGCUAAGAGGCUGCAUGAGAGCUUUGCAAGGGUACAGGAAGUCCCUCUGCCCAGCACUGGCACCCCUGGGACUUCGGCAGAUACUUGGGCAAAGGUCAGCUCCUCCCAGUUUCCCAGUCCUGAGGAUUUUGAGUACUUCUUGAGUUGGUGCUUGUGCCCGGCCAUGCUGUUUUUCAGCCAGCAGAUGGACCUGUUCUCCAGGGAUCAUCCUGGCCUUGGUGGUUUUGGUCUGUGCUCCCUGUGCGUAGAAUUCUUGGACUGCAGCGAGAAAAUCCCUAUGGCCAAAAGGAGCUUGGGAUGCCACAGUGAAGUGAAGAAUGAUGAUAUUAAUUACAAACCGUGAUUAAAAUUUAAAAUUGCAGUGCUGAGGGAAGAGGCCCUGUGUGGCUGAGGAUAACCAGCGGAAUGGUGUGGAAUGUGCUUUGGGGGGGCCUGACAGGGGUGAGGUGAAAGGAACCAGUGACACAGCCCCAAAAUUUCUGUGUGGGAAGCCACCUUUCAGUGCUGGCAUGGCUGACAGUUCAGCAGCAGCACUUCCCUGCCCUGGUGCUGGCUGAUUCCUGCACUGCGGCCUGUGUAGCCCUGAGGGGCAGCAGGGUGCAGGCCCCAAAGCCUGCUCUGGCCCCAGGGAGAGGAGCCCAUCACAGAGCAGGCAGCUGGGCCUGGUGGUGCAGAUAGGAUGGGGGAUGUGUGUUAGCACAUCCAUGGCCAACCAUUUGGGGAUAAAGGGGACAUUUUUUUUUGCCUCCUGUGCUGCUCUGGGUGCAUGGAAUGAUGUUAGCAGCUGAGGCAGAGGCUGGGGAUGGGGACACGGGACAAAGGGGUGCGUGGGAAGAUAAAAGGUUGUGAGGGCAGAGGGGAGGACGGAUCCAGCACUGGGGAGGACAUGGGUGGUGGGAAGGGGCACUGAGGGCUGUCAUGAGGUUGCUGAGGACUACAGCCUGGCUGGGCUCGUGCCCUGCAGGAAUGGGAAGGGGACAUUCCUGCUCACUGAGAUGGCGGGGCAGGACUUCCCACUGCCUGGAGAGCUGUGAGGCUCACAUAUCACAUCCCAAAGUGUUGAGCUCUAUUUGGGGUAGCAGCUGGGUGCUCAGCGUCAUGGGCACCAGGUCCUAGGGGUGUUCAGGAGAAGGGUAGACAUGGCACUGAGGGGCAUGGCCUAGAGUGGUCACAGGCAUGGGUUGAUAGUUGGACUAGAUGAUCUCAGUGGUCUUUCCAAUCUUAAUGAUUCUAUGACUCUACAGUUCUCUCUCCCUCCGUGACCCAGCAGAACAUGGGUGCUGCAACCCCACCCCUGCAAAUAAACAGCUAAAAAAUUACAGCUCAGCCAUAAGGAUGCUCUAAGCUCAACCAUUCAAAUGUAUGGCUAUCUUAGCAGAUUUCUCUGGGGACACCAAAGCUUUCCUAGGCCAUUGCUACCGUGUCACCCUGCCCUCUCAGACCUAUGGGGCUGGCUGAGCCUCCAGGCACAGCGCGCCGAUGGCAGGGCUGGCACGCAGACGCUCUACGAGGGUCAGGCACAAGCUAACUGAAUGCAUAACUUUAUUAAAUAAAUGCUUUGUCAUGAGAAAAGACAAAGAUCAAAGAGUAACAUAAAUUAUAAGUUGAAUAAAUAGUAUACAGCAAUCUUCA